GUUUUGUCUGAGCUGUUCAGCUCUUUGGUGUUCGUGGUCUGUCCAGGUUUGGCUUCCAACUUCUUGUCCCUCCUGUCAUUUGCAGUGGUGGACUUUGUGUCAUCAGACCUGGAGGAUGUUGCCCAGAAGUGUUCCUUGUCUUACAAGGCGCUGGCUGCGGUGAGGCGUGUGCUCCUGGCCCAGUUCUCUGCCUUCCCCGCCAACGGAGCCGAUCUCUACGAGGAGCUCAAGAGCUCCACGGCCAUCCUGCCCACAGGGAGCCCGAGCCUGGACCAGCUGCUGGACUCCGGGCUGUACACGGGGGAGGUGACGGAGCUCAUGGGAGCGCCGGGCAGCGGGAAGACGCAGGUGUGUCUGGGCAUUGCGGCCAGCGUGUCUCUCGGCCUCAAGCAGCACAUCCUGUUUCUCGACUCCACGGGGGGUUUCACCGCCUCCCGCCUCUUCCAGAUGCUUCGAUCCCAGGCAGAGGAUGAGGAAGAGCAGCUGGAGGCUCUGCAGCGGACCCAGGUGGUCCGUGCCUUUGACAUCUUCGCGAUGCUGCGUGCCUUGCAGGAGCUGCGGGAUCGCCUCUCCCAGCAGGAUGUGAGCUCCGUGGGACCUCUCAAGGUCGUGGUGAUCGACUCUGUCUCGGCUGUGGUGUACCCACUGCUGGGCGGCCGGCAGUCGGAGGGCUUGGCCAUCAUGAUGCAGCUGGCCCGGGAGCUGAAGGCACUGGCCAGGGAGUUCAGCCUCGCCGUGGUGGUGACUAACCAGGUGACAAGGGACAGCAGCACCAGCCCACUGAAGCCAGCCCUCGGCCGCUCCUGGAGUUUCGUGCCCAGCACCCGGGUGCUGCUGGAGAACAAAGAAGCCACCUGGGAGAAAGCCACCACGCAGCGCAUCGCGUCCUUGGCAAAGUCACCGCGGCAGCCGACGGGGAUACAGGUGGAGCUGGAUAUUGGAAGUGCUGAUGUGCAGGAGCCAAGCCCAGCGACACCCACGCACGGCAUCUGA